AUGGCUUCCCGCCCAGUAGGGACAGGCGUCGUUAUGAACCGUCGCCUCCUCUCUGCCCUCGGCAGCCGUCGAACUAUCGCCAACUUCUCCCCUAAAGACCUGGAGCGCAUCGCAACGAAGAGGAACGAAUUGGCUGCCGACUUCGACCGCAGUCUUGGGGAAGAUGACGAAGGCAACAAGAUCAGGCUUGACACCAAGGAGAAGACGAUCAGCACGUCGGUUGGCGAGCUGCCCAUGUCACCCCUUAUGGAUCCAGACUUCGUAGAGACUACAAAGAGGUGGAGGCAUCACAAGGGGAGGGCGAAUAAAGGCGAAGUCAAGGACUUAAAGGAAAGAGCGAGGAGGAAACUAGAGGAAAAUGCAUAUGCUCAUGCAUUGGCAUCUCCCGCCCGAACAUGUCAAGUCUUCAAAAAACGUCUCCCCUCCUACUUCCACCAAAAGUUCAACGCCCUUCAAAACUCGGAAACCGGCAAGUUUUGGGCAAUUCCGGAGGACAUUGAAUCAGCGGCACCAGAGAACGUUGAGGGCAAAGAGGGGAUCGAUACAGCAGAGCAAGAGCCGGAAGCUGGGGGAAGAGCGCAAGAGCAGAAACCCAUGAUGGGGUCGCCCUCAGGCUACGUUGUGGCCAGAAAACGGGUUCUCUAUAACAUGAUGCAAAAGCCGGGCUCGGGUCCAUAUUCUGGAACCUCCAAGGCUGUCUUCGCCAGGCGGGAGAACUUGAAAACCCAAAGGAGCCAGAUCGUAUGGCGCCAAGACAUGGACGAGUUCGUGCUGGAGAACAUGAGGCGUCAAGCGGUCAAUACGAUCUUGUAUUACCUGCGGCUGUCGAAAGACGCUGACCGUAGGUAUCUGAGGCCAUGUAGCUUCCGGGACGUACACGAAAUGCAGAAGCGUGGGUGUCUGCUGUGGAUGCCACCAAACGAAGACGGCCCGGAGUCUUUGGAGCAAUUUGCUACUUUUGAUGUCCCAAACGUCAAGUGGGAGAAAAAGUUGGCCGUCCAUGACCUCAACAGACUGCUGGGACCCGAACACAUGGCAACUUUGAGGCAGUACCCCUUGUUCAAGGACAACUCGCUGAUUCUGUUGGGCAAGCGACGAUCGAUAGCUCUACAGCUCGUGCUCUGGAAGCUACAGGGAUACUUGGCAGAAUUCCCUGAAGAUUUCUGGGAACCUCCUUCGAAGACACGGCUGCCCAAGGAGGCUGGUCCAGCAACAGAAAAGAACGACGGGCUAAUGAAGAAAAGUCAAGAUGGCAGGGGUUUCUCGCGAAGAGAUGCGCUGGGAGGGAAGCCAUCAAUGGGAGACCGCACCGGAGGACGAGGAAAGAGACCGCAACCUGAAAGGGGUUGUCUUGGAAGAGGCCCGUCGGAUGGAAACGCCCCAAGACGCGGCAUGUGUACACGAAGCACGGAUUCCCUGGCAGAGACUAAAGAGAGUCAGCCUGCGAAGGAGAAACCUAAGAAAGGCUCGAUAAACAAAGCCAAUAUGUCUGAAAAGGACGAAGCCAAAGAGAGCGAUCCCACAGAGGAGGAAACGAAGAAAGUCUCAAAAAGAAAGGCCAAAGGUGCCGAUUUAUCUAAAUUGGACGAAGCUGAUUGGGAGGCGAUAAACGCAAUUCUCGAAAAGAAACGCCGGCGAGAACGGGAAGAGGCGGAGGAAUUCGCUACACAGAAGAGGCUGCUAAAAGAAAUUGAGAGCGGGAGGUGGUUCGAAUGA